AUGGCUGGGAAACGCGGACAUUACAAGCAGAACAAUGGUUAUAGUUCCGAAGAGUCGAAGCGAAAGAAACUGAAAUUCGAAGGCGGUCAACUCGACAACGUCGAGCCCGUCGAGACACAGGGAGCCCAUGAUACAGAUGACAAUACAGUGAAACAUGAAGUAAACCUUGAGGAUGGUGAGAGAAGUGCUUCAAAGGAGAAUGGCAUGAAGGAUGGCCUACGGAACGAAGAUCAAGGAAAGGAACAAUCCAAAGAUGAGGAACCAACUAAAGAUCAAGAGAAAUUGAAAUAUGAAAAGACUAAUCUAGCGGCAGAACCCGGAGCUGUUUUGUCACAUGAAGUCAUAGAAGAUGAAGAAAAGGGUAUAACAAAAUUUGAAUUUGAUGGUGUUGAAUAUAAAUUCAAAGAAAGAGCAAGCGUCAUAGAGGAAAAGGAAGGACGAAUUCAAUUCCGAGUGGUCAACAAUGACAAUACAAAAGAGAAUUUGUUGGUAUUGACAGGAUUAAAAAACAUUUUUCAAAAGCAACUGCCCAAGAUGCCAAAAGAAUACAUUGCACGAUUGGUUUAUGAUCGAAGUCAUUUGUCAAUGGCUGUCAUAAGGAAGCCCUUAACGGUUGUAGGGGGAAUAACAUAUCGCGCUUUUGAAAAGAGGGAGUUCGCUGAAAUUGUCUUUUGCGCAAUCAGCUCUACUGAACAAGUUCGAGGGUAUGGUGCUCAUUUGAUGAAUCAUUUAAAGGAUUAUGUAAGGAAUUCAAUGAACAUAAAAUACUUUUUAACAUAUGCGGAUAACUAUGCAAUUGGAUAUUUCAAGAAACAAGGAUUUACAAAAGAGAUAACUUUAGACCAACGUAUAUGGAUGGGUUAUAUAAAGGAUUAUGAAGGCGGUACUCUAAUGCAAUGUACUAUGCUACCGCGAAUAAGAUAUUUGGAUGCCGGAAAAAUCCUACUGUUGCAAGAAGCUGCAUUGAGGAGAAAAAUAAGAACUAUUUCAAAAUCCCAUACUGUUAGACCUGGUUUAAAAGUCUUCAAAGAUUUAAAUAAUAUCAAGCCAAUUGAUCCAAUGACCAUACCAGGUUUGAAGGAAGCUGGUUGGACACCAGAAAUGGAUGAACUAGCUCAGAAACCUAAAAGAGGUCCACACCAUGCAGUAAUGCAAAAUGUACUAACAGAAUUGCAAAAUCAUGCGGCUGCAUGGCCUUUUUUGCAACCUGUUAAUAGAGAAGAAGUACCAGACUAUUAUGAUUUUAUCAAGGAACCUAUGGAUUUAAGCACUAUGGAGGUGAAAUUGGAUAAUAAUAGGUACGAAAAGAUUGAGGAUUUCAUAUAUGACGUGAGAUUAGUAUGCAAUAAUUGCCGAUUGUAUAAUGGUGAGAAUACAUCAUAUUUCAAAUAUGCCAACAGAUUGGAAAAAUUUUUCAAUUCCAAGAUUAAAGAAAUACCAGAAUAUUCGCAUCUAGUCGACUAA